AGGGCAUAGCAAGCGCUUCGGAUCGUAUGGCUUGAUUGUGUUUAUAGUUUUGUUUUUUCUUUUAUUUCUGUGCAUUUCCAAUAAGUAGUGCGCGUAUAUUUAUGCGAGUAUGUAACUUUUCUGUUAUAUUCUCCAUUAUGUCUUAUUUUUUUCUGCCGAAAACCAGAUUUUGAAAAAAAAAACGUUAAUUUGAAAGCAAAGCAAACAUAACCUUCGCAGAGUCGGCAGCUGUUUGGCCGAAUUAGGAACAGGUAGAAACGGUUGUUGGAAAUUCAACGAGACUGUCAAAUUGUUUAUUGUUUUGUACUGUGAUUAUUUAUUUGCAAUAAAUUAGUGACAUUGGCAAUAUGUUGGGAUAUACGACUUCACGUGACGGUCUCCUACAGUUAGAAGAAGGUGUCUUGGGCACCGUAGUUCAAAAGGAAUCAAUCUUGGCAGUAUAUGACGUAGAUAAAACUCCGCUUGGCAGGGGAAAAUACGCAACAGUAUGCCGUGCAGUACACAAGAAAACGGGAACGCACUACGCCGCGAAAUUUGUGAAAAAGCGACGUCGAAAUCAAGAUCAAAUGAAAGAAAUUAUACACGAAAUAGCCGUAUUGAUGCAGUGCUCGGCCACUAGCCGUGUUAUUCGUCUCCACGAAGUAUACGAGUCUUCCACAGAAAUGGUUUUAGUUUUGGAAUUGGCCGCAGGCGGCGAACUCCAACACAUCCUGGACGGCGGCCAAUGCUUGGGAGAGAUCGAAGCACGCAAAGCGAUGAAACAGAUUCUGGAGGGUGUAUCGUUUUUACAUGACAGAAACAUUGCUCAUCUAGAUCUCAAGCCCCAGAAUCUGUUGUUAUCCGUGACCGAUCGCUGCGACGACAUCAAAUUGUGCGAUUUUGGUAUAUCCAAAGUGUUACAGCCCGGCGUUACAGUACGAGAAAUAUUAGGUACUGUAGAUUAUGUAGCACCCGAAGUGCUUAGUUACGAGCCCAUUAGCCUAUCCACAGAUAUUUGGUCUAUAGGCGUGUUAGCCUAUGUGCUGUUAUCAGGCUUCAGUCCAUUUGGGGCGGACGAUAAGCAGCAGACCUUCCUCAACAUUUCAAAAUGCGCAUUGUCUUUCGAACCUGAACACUUCGAUGAUGUAUCCAGCGCAGCUAUAGACUUUAUUAAGACCGCCCUUAUAGUGGAUCCCAGGAAGAGGCCCUCAGUACAUGAACUGCUGGACCAUCCCUGGAUAUCAUUGAAAACGAACUUAGUACCUACCUUACCAAUGAAGUCCUCAGAAUUGUUAAAUAUAUCACCCAAAGCGACCCCGAUAAGCCAACGGAAGAGCUUCUCCUGCAUAUCAGAUGCCCCAAAAUCCCUACCAAAAGACUUUCAACACAAGCGGAACACCAUCAACGGAUCAUUCACAGACGCGGCCGUUCGUACGUACACAGUCUCCGCUAACUGCCUAUGUCCUCAGUGUGGUACGACGUGCCGUCAUAUAACACACGCGCCAGUGUCUAAAACUAAUAUUACAAUCGAUAGAGGCAUCCUAUGUUAGCUCGGUUAUAUUUCCAACUUUCACCAUGUACAUUCAAUCGAUAAAUUGAAAGAUGUUUGUCAAGAGAGUAGGUCCAAGUAAACCAUUUUCUCUGUACCUAAUCGAUUAUACAUAUAAAUGGUGGGCGCCGUUGCAACGGUAGUGGGGAGAGAGAAAGAAGUUGCCGAAAACUUUGUCAGUAUUAUUGUUUAAUGAGGUAUUCCAAUUUUUUUUCUCUCGCGCUCCCGCCAAAAUUACCCUGCCAUAUCGCGAUGAAUCGCUCAUAUCAUAUUACGCUAAAUUAUAUACAACUACAAAAGCCGCAGGAAUAAAGCGAUAAUAGUUGUAUAAUCUCCUCCAACACAGCGUUGUUGUUUUACAUAAACAGAUUUUGUUGAAAUUAGGUUUACCUGGUUACAGCUAAUUAGUAUCUAGGAUAAGGUAAAACUUAAUGCAGGAACUGCUGAUUAGGAAUUGAAACUUGACAAUGAUGCUUCACUCUGUAGGUAAAAAGCUUCUAGCGGCGUCCUAAUACGUUAUAUCAGUGUGACGUCAGCUGUCAAAGUUUGGGAUAUAAACAAACGGAUUUGCAAAAUAAGUUUAUAGGAUUAUUUCAGUCUGUGCGUGAUUUUUUAUUAUCGGAGACUAUUUAACCAUAUUUGUGGUCAUUUAUCACUAUGUAUUAAUAGGCCCAAUAAAUUUUCAGCUAAUUAAUUACUAGAAUUGAUCAGUGUCUGAAUAAUUAGUAUCCAACACUUCACAAUUUGUCAAAGCUAAACAUGCAGUUUUUUUAAUAUUAUAGGUUUUAUUUCCGUUAUUAAUAAAAUGCUUUAACUCCAGUGGCGGCUCAUAGGGAUCAACUUUAAGGUGUUCUGCAAUUCUUGCAAAAAUCUUACCGGACCCAAAAAUGGAGAAUUAUUAAUUUGGUCAAUUAUUUUUUCUGAAUUUCUUUGAAAAUUUAAAAAUAUAUAUCCCGGGAUUCUCGGAAUUUUCGCUCAACAAAAUUGAAUACAAUUCAUAAUGUUUGAUAAAAUAUAUCUCUGUUCUUUGACACAUUUUCAUUAUGUUUCUAUAUAUUUACCCAAGAAGCAGAAUCUAAUUGAGCUCUAAUAUUGCUUGACCCUAAUAACGCAAAUUCAAUACAAUUAUCAAAUGUGGCUUUUAAAAUUUUCAAGUCUUUUUAUUUUUACACUUAAAUGCCACGAGUGAGAAAAGUUAAACUAAUUCGUUUUUUCAUUUUCAGUUUUGAUAGUUACACAGUAAUAAUUGUAUAUAUUGGUAGAUAAUCACAAAGUGCGUUAAAUAUUCUAUAAUAAUUAAAAAACGCACAAAAACUGAAAUACCCGUAAAACUUAUAGGCAAAUGCUUUUGUUUGGAUGUCACCACAAAUAUAGUGUAUUACAAACACAUGGUACCUAAUUUUUUUUCCUGGUACGUAUAUCUUAUUAUUCAUUUAUGCAGAACGACAUCGGUUUUGCAAUUUGUUGUUUGGAAGUACAUAAACGUCUUGAGUUGUAUUUACACCCUCAUGGAGCACAAAAUUCAGUGAAUCAUAUGUUCGUGCUUUGUAUGUCGGGUUUCUUGUACAGAUUUAGUUUUUACAUAAGCGGUAAUUUAUGUUUUUGUUGCUUUUUUUAAUUUUGAAUGGUGUGUACCUAAAUAAAAGUUGAUUUUUUUUGCCAUCCGCUUUUUAUUUCCUGUCAACGCUGCACGUAUCAGCCCAUUUGUUUGUGUUUCGUCGUCUGUUCCACCGAAGACAUCUAAAAGCGACGACGGACAAAUUCAUUCACAAAGUGCUUAAAAGCCUUGCCGCAAGCAAUAGCUUAACUUUGCCUCUAUAGAGAUUAUGAACUAAAGCAAACUCUUCUCCCCACUCCUUUAGUGGCAGUAGGGUUUUAACGACGUGGAAGGGAUAGGAAGUAUUUAAAACAGUGCACUGAGUGUCCAUAAAUUGGGAGCACAUAUUUUAAGGUGUGAUUUUGUCAGUUUUCUAAUAUAAAUAUUUCUGGAACAAAAAGUUUUUGAAGUAAAAAUGUAUAAGCCACUCCUUUUUGUAUAAAAAUUAUUUCCCGUUCAAUUUUGAGUAAAUGAAAUUCCCUUGAUUACCUAUGCUUUAAUACAGAAGGUGUUAAAUGUUUGACCUUGGUCCAAGGUUAUUGUUGGCUUUCUCAAUUGUGUAGAAAUAGGCAAGUAUUUGGGGAUGGAGGAUGGCUGGGUUGGCCUGGCGUCUUGAAAGAGGUUGUGGGUUAAAUUGCCACCGCGAGCCUAGGGUGUUUGUGUUGUGAAAAACAUCUUCCAAUCCGCCUGGCCAACGUUGGACAUUAGGACUAAAUUCCUUCCCUAGGGAAAAGAGCUGAGAAAUAAAGCUAGUAUGUUUAAACUUGGUCUUACACUAAUAAUAAUAUAAUAUAAUAAUAAUAUCCUUAAAUGGUCCAAUUUUAAAAUAAUUUUCUGCUCUAUCCACCCAACAACAACAACAGAAUAACAAAUACAAGAUCGAAUUUAAUACGACUCAAUUUUCAUUUGGUUUCAUAACAAUCUCUUUAGUGAUGUGAUGAGAAAUUCAACAGCCUACAUCUCAGUAAUCAAGUACUUUUGUACAUAUAUCUUAUCGAAAACUGGGGUUUAAGAAAUGUGCUCCCAAAUUACGUAGUGCCUGUACAUACAUUUUUUUCAAGACAAAUUGUAUUAUGCAAUUAAGGUUUAAAAUCUCUAACAGCCCAUUUUGUUGAGGUACUUUCUCUCUGCUUAUAUUGAGCUAUAAAAAAGGUAUUUGGGGAUUUUAUGUGCUUCUGAUAUGAUUAUUUCAUUUGUUUAGUGUAUGGCUUGGAAAAUGUUUCAGAAUUUAGAUGCAUCGGUUUGGGACUAUUGUCUUGGUCACUGUCAAGAUAUUACAUUUUUUCACGCUAUUUUUAUACUG